AUGAGUCAGUUAUUUUCAAUGCAGAAUUUUUACCAGAAUAAUGGGCCAGAUGGAUCUUUCAAGAUGGUAUCAGAGAUGGGAGCGUCCCAAACAAAUCCAGACUUCGCCGAUUCGUCGUGCAGCCUGAGCGUCAAAAAUGUGUCAUAUACCGUGAGUGAACGUGUAGGACCCUGGUGGGACCUUUCAUCUUUCAGAAAAAGAUGGACAAGGCAAAUACUGAAUCAAGUGUCAUUUCAUGUGGACAGUGGGCAGAUAAUGGGAAUUCUGGGGAAUUCUGGUUCUGGAAAAACCACUCUUUUAGAUGCUAUAGCAGGACGAAUCGGGAAUUCUGGUGAACUCCUUGGAGAGGUUUUUGUCAAUGGAAGAAAGCUAAAAGCAGAGCAGUUUCAAGACUGUUUCUCUUAUGUGCUUCAGAGUGACAAUCUCUUGAGCUAUCUGACUGUGGAGGAGACUCUGACAUACACUGCUCGGCUUUCUUUGAGAAAACACUCUUCCGAAGCCAUAUACAAGAAGGUAGCUGCAGUCAUGGCAGAGCUGAGUUUGGGACACGUGGCUCACAGCGUAAUUGGAGGCCGCAUUUUCCCAGGCAUUUCUGGUGGAGAGAGAAGAAGGGUCUCCAUUGCCAGCCAGCUGCUUCAGGACCCAAAGGUGAUUCUCCUGGAUGAGCCGACCACAGGACUGGACAGCAUGACGGCUAAUCAGAUAGUGUUGCUGCUGGCUGAACUGGCUAGAAGAGAUCGAAUUGUCAUAGUGACCAUCCACCAGCCCCGUUCAGAGCUUUUCAGGAUCUUCAACAGAAUAGCAAUUAUGAGCCGAGGGGAACUGGUGUUCUGUGGGCAGCCUGAUGAGAUGGUGAAUUUCUUCAGCAGCUCAGGAUAUGAGUGUCCUGAGUACUGCAACCCUUUUGAUUUUUAUGUUGACCUGACCUCUGUGGACACACGCAGCAGUGAGAGGGAAGCUGCCACCUACAGCCGCAUGCAUGACAUCACAUCAGGCUACCAGAACUCAGAAAUCUAUGAAAACAUGCUGGAGAGGAUCGAGCAAAGCUGCCAGAGUGCACACAAACCCAUGAUACCAUUCAAAAGCAAGGACUCCCCCAACUGCAUAUCCAAAUUGAAUGUCCUUCUUAGGCGGACCGUGCGUAAUAUGUCUCGUGACAGGAUGGGCAUUCUCAUGCGCCUCUCUCAGAAUCUCAUCUACGGCCUCUUCAUUGCUUUUUUUGUCAUGAGACUGGAUAAGGAUGUGGCAAAAGGUGCUGUGCAGGACCGAAUCGGCAUCAUCUACCAAUCCAUGGGUGCCUCACCUUAUACCGGCAUGCUGAAUGCUGUGGCUUUAUUUCCUGCUUUAAGGGCCAUCGCUGACCAGGAGAGUAAAGAUGGCUUGUACCAAAAGUGGCAGAUGUUUCUGGCUUACAUCAUCCAUAUUCUGCCCUUCAGUAUUAUCAGUGUGUUCAUCUUCACCUCUUUCUUGUACUGGACCGUUGGCAUGAACCCGGAUAUUGUGCGCUUCUUGUGUUUUUCAGCUGUGGUUAUGGUUCCUCACAUCAUAGGUGAACUUUUAACACUGGUCUUGUUGGGGGUCGUUCAAGACCCCAACAUGGUGAACAGUGGGGUCGCUCUACUCAAUGUAGCUGGAAUCAUGGUGGGAUCUGGAUUUCUAAGGAGUUUUAAACAAAUGCCUGUGGUGUUCCAAUGGCUGAGUUAUCUCACCUUCCAGAAGUACGGCUGCGAGCUCCUGAUCGUCACUGAGUUCUAUGGCCUGAACUUCACCUGCACUCCAAAAGCUGGUUUUCCAGAAUCAUGUCUGGUGGACAGUGGGAAUAUAAUCAUUGAUGAGGGUUAUCCUGGAGCUCUCUCACGUUACACAGAAGACUUCCUCCUGCUCUACGCCUUCCUGCCUGCGCUUGUGAUAUUGGGCAUCAUCAGCUUCAAGAUACGCGACCACAUCGUCAAACGUUAAGCUUCUGAGUGUGUGUUGGUGUGCCUGUGAAUGUUAUUGUAUGUUCUAUGUUCUUUAUUUUGUAUGUACAAUAUCUCUAAAUCAAAUAUAGUAGACUAUAUCCAGAAAACCUCAAUGUGAAAGCUAAAUCAAUCAACCUUUUCCAUAGUUAUUGAUCCAUUUUCUCCACAAUGUUUUUCCACUAAUGUGACUGUAAGUAAUCUGUUAUACACAGAUUUAAUAAAACAUCUACCUGAUGUUUUACAAUUUAUUCAGAAUAAAUGGCAUUUACAGCAUUUAAAUAAAAA